UUGAUGAUUAGGGUUGUACCGCACCUUUCCUGUUUUAAAUAUUAUAAUUUGACAAUUAUUUAUUGGUGGUGUUAACACGGUUAACUUAUUGAGCCUUAAAAUAUUCAAAUAAUGACUUCAAAAUACCUUUAAAUUGUUUUGCUUUGGUUAAUUAUUUACCAAAACAGAAGAUGUCUGGAAACGAUAGAGUAUCUUUAAACGAUGCAUUAUCUAACGUCGAAGUGUUGGAUGAAUUGCCUCUACCAGAUGAGCAACCUUGUAUAGAGGCACAACCAUGUUCUGUUGUUUACCAAGCAAAUUUUGAUACAAAUUUUGAAGACCGCAAUGGUUUUGUCACUGGGAUUGCAAAGUACAUUGAAGAAGCAACUGUUCAUGCCAGUUUGAACGAGUUAUUGGAUGAAGGACAGGAACAUGCUGUAAUGCUUUAUACUUGGAGAUGCUGUUCUAGAGCUAUUCCACAACCAAAAUCAAACGAACAACCUAAUAGAGUGGAAAUCUAUGAAAAAACUGUAGAAGUUUUGGCUCCUGAAGUUAAUAAGUUACUCAAUUUUAUGUAUUUCCAAAGAAAGGCAAUUGAAAGAUUCUCACAAGAAGUCAAGAGAUUAUGUCAUACUGAGAAAAGAAAGGAUUUCGUUUCUGAGGCAUAUCUGUUGACAUUAGGAAAAUUUAUCAACAUGUUUGCAGUGCUAGAUGAAUUAAAGAAUAUGAAGUCCAGCGUCAAAAAUGAUUAUUCAACUUACCGCAGAGCUGCCCAAUUUUUGAAAGUGAUGUCAGAUUCACAAACUUUGCAAGAAUCGCAAAAUCUAUCCAUGUUCUUGGCAACACAAAAUAAAAUUAGGGACACCGUAAAAGAGAAUUUAGAAAAAAUUACAGGCUAUGAAGAACUUUUAGCCGAUGUAGUUAAUAUAUGUGUUCACAUGUUUGAAACAAAAAUGUACCUGACUCCUAGUGAGAAACAUAUGCUGGUCAAGGUGAUGGGUUUUGGGUUAUUUUUAAUGGAUAGUGAACUAUGUAAUAUUAAUAAAUUGGACACUAAAAAGAAGCUCAGGUUGGAUAAAAUUGAUAGGAUCUUCAAAAAUUUGGAAGUAGUUCCCCUAUUCGGCGAUAUGCAGAUAGCACCUUUUAACUAUAUAAAACGAAGCAAACAUUUUGACGCAAACAAAUGGCCUUUAUCUAGCAGUAACACUCCUUCACCUCAAGCUGAUUUAAUGGUUCACUUACCUCAAAUUCGAGAAGAUCACGUGAAAUAUAUUAGUGAAUUGUCUCGAUACAGUAACGAAGUCACUACCACCUAUAAAGAAUGUGGUAGCGAUACAGAAAACAAAGAAACUGCUGAAUUAGCAUUAAGAGGUUUACAGUUACUUUCGGAAUGGACAAGUGUGGUGACUGAAUUGUAUUCAUGGAAAUUACUGCACCCAACCGAUCACCAUCAGAAUAAAGAAUGUCCUAAAGAGGCUGAAGAAUAUGAAAGGGCUACACGUUACAACUACAGUGACGAAGAGAAAUUUGCUUUAAUAGAAGUAAUAGCAAUGAUAAAAGGCUUGCAGGUUUUAAUGGCAAGAAUGGAAACUGUUUUCACAGAUGCAAUAAGACGGAAUAUAUAUGCAGAGUUACAAGAAUUUGUACAAGUUAUUUUACGAGAACCUCUUCGAAAAGCAAUAAAAAAUAAAAAAGACCUUAUUCGCAGUAUUAUUAUGUCCGUGAGGGAAACAUGUGCUGACUGGCCUCGACAGUUUCAACCUGAUCAAGAUCCUGUUCUGAAGGGUAAAAAAGACCCCGAUACUGGAUUUGUCAUAAAAGUUCCAAGACGCAAUGUUGGUCCUUCAUCUACACAGUUAUAUAUGGUUCGAACUAUGCUAGAGUCUUUAAUAGCUGAUAAAUCUGGAGGUAAAAGAACUUUACGUAAAGACAUCGAUGGUCAAUAUUUAAUGCAAAUCGAUCAGUUCCACAAAACAUCAUUUUAUUGGAAUUAUCUAUUAAGUUUCAGUGAGUUCCUUCAAAAAUGUUGCGAUUUGUCUCAACUAUGGUACAGAGAGUUUUAUCUUGAAAUGACGAUGGGUCGACGGAUAAACAAAUGCACAGUACGCCACAAUCACAAUGAAGAAUGCAAUGAUCUAAUAACAAUGGAAAAACGCAUACAAUUUCCUAUCGACAUGUCAAUGCCCUGGAUUCUAACAGAUCAUAUUUUAAAAACCAAAGAACCGUCUAUGAUGGAGUAUGUUUUGUAUCCACUGGAUUUAUACAAUGAUAGUGCAUUAUAUGCACUGACAAUUUUUAGAAAGCAAUUUCUCUAUGAUGAGGUGGAAGCUGAGGUCAAUCUCUGUUUUGAUCAGUUUGUUUAUAAACUUAGUGAACAAAUAUUUGCUUAUUACAAACAGUUAGCGGCAAGUAUAUUUCUGGACAAACGUUUCCGUGUCGAGUGCUCAGCUAUUGGUGCUUACUUAUUACCAUACCCUAGAGCAAACCGUUAUGAAACUUUGCUAAAACAGAGGCAUGUGCAAUUAUUAGGAAGAUCAAUUGAUCUAAAUAAGCUUAUAACCCAAAGAAUUAAUGCUGAUAUGCAAAAGUCAUUAGAUUUAGCGAUAAGCAAGUUCGAAGCUGGUGAUAUCACUGGUGUUGUUGAAUUAGAUGGAUUGUUACAAGUAAAUCGUCUUUGUCAUAAAUUACUAAGUAAAUGGCUUGCUUUGGAUGAUUUUGACUCCAUGUUUAGGGAAGCAAAUCAUAAUGUUCUUGCUCCAUAUGGAAGAAUCACUUUACAUGUUUUCUGGGAGCUGAAUUAUGACUUCUUACCUAAUUACGUUUACAAUGCAGCCACAAAUCGGUUUACAAAAUAUAGGGGAAUAGCCUUUAGUGCAGCUGUUUCUAGAGAUCGGCCCCCGCAAAUGUCGCACCAUUAUUUAUGGGGUACAAAGCAAUUAAAUUUAGCUUACACAACACAAUAUGGACAAUAUUCAGGCUUUGUUGGCCCUCAACAUUUUCAUACCAUGUGCAAGUUACUGGGUUAUCAGGGGAUCGCUGUAGUUAUGGAGGAGUUAUUAAAAAUUGUCAAAAGUUUGAUUCAGGGAAGUUUAUUGCAAUUUACAAAAACUCUAAUGGAGGCCAUGCCAAAAAUAUGUAAAUUGCCAAGAUACGACUAUGGGUCUCCUGGUGUUUUGGGAUACUACCAUGCACAACUCAAUGACAUUGUACAAUAUCCCGACGCUCGUACAGAGUUGUUCCACAACUUCAGGGAGUUUGGAAAUAUUAUUUUAUUUUGCUUGCUUAUGGAGCAAGCCCUCUCCCAGGAAGAGGUUUGUGACCUUUUACAAGCAGCACCAUUUCAAAAUAUUCUUCCGAGGCCAUACUGCAAAGAGGGUGAAAAAUUGGAGAAUAAGCAGAAAAGACUAGAAGCCAAAUAUCAAGCUUUACAAAUAGUUCCUAACAUCGAAAAACUGGGAACUGCUAAACAAGCCAUGAUAUCGCGUGAAGGGGACCUCUUGACUAGAGAAAGGUUAUGUUGUGGACUAUCUAUAUUUGAAGUAGUCUUAAACAGGCUAAGAAGCUUUUUGGAUGACCCUGUUUGGGUUGGACCACCGCCUACUAAUGGAGUUAUGAAUGUUGAUGAAUGCACCGAGUUUCAUCGAUUGUGGUCAGCUUUACAAUUUGUUUAUUGCAUUCCUGUCAGCGAAAAUGAGUAUACAGUAGAGGAAAUGUUUGGUGAAGGGCUCCAUUGGGCUGGAUGUACGAUGAUAGUUUUGCUGGGCCAACAAAGACGUUUUGAGGCUCUUGACUUCUGCUAUCAUAUCUUAAGGGUGCAGCGAGUAGAUAUGAAAGACGAUGUUGUGAAAAGAAUUAAUUUGAAAAGAAUGGUAGAUCGCAUAAGGCGUUUCCAGGUAUUGAAUUCACAAAUUUUUGCUAUUCUAAAUAAGUUUCUUAAAUCAGGAGAAAAUGACGAGUUGUCUGUUGAACAUGUGAGAUGUUUUCCACCUCCGAUUCAUCCAUCAUUGAAUCCACAGCAACAUUAUCAUGCGCCAGAACAUGUACGACAAUGUUAAAAGUUUUAUUCCCGAGAUGUUGGAUUAAUCAAUUAAUUUGGAAGUCAAAAUUAGAUAUAUUUCUUAUUUAUGUUGAUUAAUGUAUUAGAGUUUUUAUACAAGCUAGUUAAUAUAUAAUGAAGUCUUCAGCAUUUUGUAACCUUUUAUAACUACAUAUUACACAUAUUUAUAAUUUAUAUAACUCCUUAAUUAGAAAUGUAUAUAUAAUCUUUUUUGUCAAUAUU